UCUCCCUCGUUCUCUUCUCCCAGUUCUGAAACUAGGGUUAGGUAUUGAAGCUGUUUGAAAAGAAAAAGAAAACUGAUGUUAUUGAAGUUGUUUUUGUUGAAGACAUAGAUGUUAGUGAAAGACCAGAGUGUAUUUGGAAGAAAAGUUCUACAUAUUUAGGGAUUCAGAGAUAGUGGUGAUACAGUGAAGAUGAGGUACAAACCGGGAUUGAAACUGUCUGAAUCAAGUCAGUUCAAAUUUAGGAAUAUCAGUGUAUAUGCGGAGCCAAAGAAUGAGACUUUGGUAUUUCCUGAUUGCCAUAGAGAUGAAACAGAGUUGAUGACACUUAAGUAUAUGGUGUAUAAGGGUUUGUCUAUGGAUGUUAAAGAGAAGUUUAAUUUAUAUUGGUUUAAGGAAGAAUGUCUGCCACUGCCAUUGUUAAACAAUGAUGGUUUUGAUAAUUUUUGGGAGGAUUCUUUUGUAAAUGAGGAUGGAUGUAUAUGUUUGUGGAUGGGGAUGAAAGACACAGUGUUUGGGACUCCAAAGACUACACCAAAGAAGAAGACAGUUAGUAAGGGAACCACCCCUAGAAGAUCCCCAAGGCUAAAUAGUGUGGAUAAAUCAGUUGAAGGUGCAUCAAGAAAGCUGAGUUUCGUGGAUGUGCCCAUGUCCAAACAUUCUCAGGCUAGUAGCAGUGGUUGCAGUCAGUCAAAAGCUACAAAUGAAGUUAAGUUUGUUGAAUAUGUGGACAAUAUUCAGCUGGAAAACACCAAAGAAGAUGAAUGUCACCCAAUUGAGAAUCCAGAAGCUCCUCCAGUAUAUGACAGUGAUGAAGACAUUGAGUAUAGGUCAGAUGAAGAAGAACAAGAAGAGAAAGAAGAAGAAGAAGAAGAAGGCAAAGAAAAAGGUAUAUUUCAUUUAUAGCACCAUCUUCUACUCCACCCUCUACAAUAAAUAACCUUUAUCAGAACU